AUGGAGCAGCAAGAAAAUCAACUGUACAGAGAAAGAUUCUGCUGUUCAAUCUGUCUGGAUCUACUGAAGGAUCCGGUGACUACUGUCUGUGGACACAGCUACUGUAAGAGCUGUAUUAACACCCACUGGGACACAGGGGAGGAGAGAGGAAGCUACAGCUGUCCUCAGUGUAGACAGACCUUCAAACCGAGGCCUGUCCUGGAGAAAAGCACCAUGUUAGCUGAUUUAGUGGAGGAGCUGAAGAAGACUGGACUCCAAGCUGCUCCUGCUGAUCACUGCUAUGCUGGACAUGAAGAUGUAGCCUGUGAUGUCUGCACUGGGAGAAAACUGAAAGCUCUCAAGUCCUGUUUGAAUUGUUUGGCCUCUUAUUGUGAAAAACACCUCCAGCCUCAUCUUCAGUCAGCUGCAUUUAAGAAGCACAAGCUGGUGGAGCCCUUGGAGAAGCUCCAGGAGAACAUCUGCUCUCAUCACGACGAGGUGAUGAAGAUGUUCUGUCGCACUGAUCAGCAGUGUAUCUGUUAUCUCUGCUCUAUGGAUGAACAUAAAGACCACGACACAGUGUCAGCUGCAGCAGAAAGGACUGAGAGGCAGAGAGAGCUCGGGCUGAGGAGACAAACAAUCCAGCAGAGAGUCCAGGACACAGAGAAAGACGUGAAGCUGCUUCACCAGGAGGAGGAGGACGUCAAUGGCUCUGCUGAUAAAGCAGUGGAGGACAGUGAGGAGCACUUCACUGAGCUGAUCCAUCUGCUGGAGAAAAGAAGCUCUGAUGUGAAGCAGCAGAUCAGAUCCCAGCAGGUAACUGAAGUGAGUCGAGUCAGAGAGCUUCAGGAGGGACUGGAGCAGGAGAUCACUGAGCUGAAGAGGGAAGACCAUGAACUGAAGCAGCUCUCAGACACAGAGGAUCACAACCAGUUUCUACACAACUACCCCUCACUGUCACCACUCAGUGAAUCUACACACUCAUCCAGCAUCAGGAUCCGUCCUCUGAGGGACUUUGAGGACGUGAGAGCAGCUGUGUCACAGGUCAGAGGUCGACUACAGGACAUUCUGAGUGAGACAGAGACAAAGAUUUUACAGAUUGUAUCUCGAGUGGAUGUUUUUCUGCCACAACCAGAGCCAGAGACUAGAGCUGACUUCUUAAAAUAUUCACAGGAAAUCACACUGGAUCCAAAGACAGCAAACAAAUAUCUGUUAUUAUCUGAGGGAAACAGAAAAGUAACAUAUAUGAGUAAACAACAGUCUUAUUCUAAUCACCGAGACAGAUUUACUUAUUGGGAUCAGGUUCUGAGUAGAGAGAGUCUGACUGGUCGUUGUUACUGGGAGGUGGAGGUGGAGGUGAGAGGAGCAGUUGGUGUAGCAGGCACAUACAAGAAUAUCAGCAGAGCAGGAAACUCAGAUGAAUGUGGAUUUGGAUUAAAUGAUAAAUCUUGGUCAUUAUAUUGUGGUGGAACCAGUUAUACCUUUUGUUACAACAGCAUCAUGACUCCAGUGUCAGGUCCUGUGUCCUCCAGAGUAGGAGUGUACCUGGAUCACAGUGCAGGUGUUCUGUCCUUCUAUAGCGUCUCUGGCACCAUGACUCUCCUCCACAGAGUCCAGACCACAUUCACUCAGCCUCUCUAUGCUGGAGUUAGUGUUUAUAAUGGAUCCACAGCUGAGUUCUCUAAGAUUCAACGAGCAACUGAGCCCCACAGCUCAACAGAACCGCAAAUGCAGAACCUUACGACCACACAAAGCCAGAAGACUUCACACAACCGGCAGGACGAACUGCUAACUGCACAUCAACCUCUUUUCCCUUUCCAAAGACGGCAUAAAGACCACGACACAGUGUCAGCUGCAGCAGAAAGGACUGAGAGGCAGAGAGAGCUCGGGCUGAGGAGACAAACAAUCCAGCAGAGAGUCCAGGACACAGAGAAAGACGUGAAGCUGCUUCACCAGGAAGAGCAGGCCCUCAAUGGCUCUGCUGAUAAAGCAGUGGAGGACAGUGAGGAGAUCUUCACUGAGCUGAUCCAUCUGCUGGAGAAAAGAAGCUCUGAUGUGGAGCAGCAGAUCAGAUCCCAGCAGGAAACUGAAGUGAGUCGAGUCAGAGAGCUUCAGGAGAGACUGGAGCAGGAGAUCACUGAGCUGAAGAGGAAAGACCAUGAACUGAAGCAGCUCUCAGACACAGAGGAUCACAACCAGCUUCUACACAACCACCCCUCACUGUCACCACUCAGUGAAUCUACACACUCAUCCAGCUACAGGAUCAGUCCUCUGAGGAACUUUGAGGACGUGACAGCAGCUGUGUCACAGGUCAGAGAUCGACUACAGGACAUUCUGAGUGAGACAGAGACAAAGAUUUUACAGAUUUUGUCUCAAGUGAAUGUUUUACUGCCACAACCAGAGCCAGAGACUAGAGCUGACUUCUUAAAAUAUUCACAGGAAAUCACACUGCAUCCAAACACAGCAAACAAACGUCUGUUAUUAUCUAAGGGAAACAGAAAAGUAACACGUAUGAGAGAAGAUCAGUCUUAUUAUAAUCACCCAGAUAGAUUCACUGAUUUGGAUCAGGUCCUGAGUAGAGAGAGUCUGACUGGAAGUUGUUACUGGGAGGUGGAGGUGGGAGCAGGAGUUCAUGUAGCAGUCACAUACAAGAAUAUCAGCAGAGCAGGAGACUCAGAUGAAUGUAGAUUUGGAUUCAAUGAUAAAUCUUGGUUGUUAUUUUGUGAUGGAACCAGUUAUGACUUUUAUUACAACAGCAUCGUGACUUCAGUGUCAGGUCCUCAGUCCUCCAGAGUAGGAGUGUACCUGGAUCACAGUGCAGGUGUUCUGUCCUUCUACAGCGUUUCUGACACCAUGACUCUCCUCCACAGAGUCCAGACCACAUUCACUCAGCCUCUCUAUGCUGGAGUUUAUCUUUAUUAUCAUGGAGCCACAGCUGAGCUCUGUAAACUCAAAUAGACUCGUGUCAUUAAAAGCAGUGAUUUAGAUUCUUUGUUUAAAUCUUUAACUUCUUUUGUCUCCAUGUUUGUUGAUCAAAGUUCGUGGUGGUGACGUUUCUGCUCCUCACAGAGAUCAGCUGUCAAUCAAUCACUGACCUUCCCUUAUCACAAAUAUUUAGUUCUCACUUUGUAAAGACAGAAAUCUAUAAUUAAACUGACAUGAAUGUGUUUGAAAGAACUAAUGUUGCUGUUGUUUUCUAAAUCAAAGUAGAAAUCAGGUUGUGUGAUGUUUUAGAACCUGUGUUGAUCCUGAUCCUCAUCAAUGAGCUGAUCUUUGUUCUUUUCUUUUCCACAUGUGAGAUGGAGGUGAAACAAACUGAGUGUGUGUCAAUGAACUCACUGAACAAGAGUCACUGAACAGACUUUACUGAUGAAAUGAUCAAUGACCUCAGAGCGUCAACAUGUCCAACAGGUCAACUUCACUCUGGUUAGAUUCACAUAGCAUCAGUGUUAUGGGAUGUUUGGUCACAUUGUAAAUGUGGAACCUGGUUUGUUUCUAUUCCGGCUCAUCUCUGUAAAGUGUGAAUCAUCUCGUCCUCAUUGUAUUUACAUAUUUAGUGAACGGGCAUAUUGAUCUGCUGCUGCGUAGGUUUCUGUUCUUUUUGAUUUUCUUGAUCUGAUCUAGCAGUUCCAUUGGAGAGUGUCCUGAUUGAGUCCAUCUGAGGGUUUGUUCUGCAGCUCUCAUCACAUGUGUUUCUUAUACAUGUCUAUAUUCAGCAAAAUCUCUUAUAUAUGGGUAAUGGGGUAAAUUCUUAAUAAAGUUUUAUAGUUUUAGCAGUGUUAUUUUCCCAGUUCUGCUGAUGUUCUAAUAUCAAUAUAGGAUGCGGGGAGUCGGCGAAGUUUAUUUAGGGACACCGUAGCUUUCUCCCUCUCUCUCUCUCUCCCCACUGCCGGUCCUGUGAGGAAGUGUAGCGUGGGCGCAGCAGGUGUGGACGCAAAUUGUUUGUUGCGGUAAGUUUACUGAAAGUCACUUCAAUGUUAAUGGAGAUCAUGCAGAAAACGUUCCGCAAACAUUAACCUCAUAUUUGUCCAUAGAGCCCAGUGUACAGCUGUGUGUGUGUGUGUGUGAGAUGGUAUCAGCGUCGCAAUAAAUGCACCCUGUAAUCUUCUCUAGUCAGCGUGUACCCACAAACUAAUGCAAAUAAUACUUGUAACUAAUGCGCCGGAACAUUUACCAGAGUCUUCACCAUUGUGUCCGUGACAUUAAGGUUAGUUGUCUUUUCCUGUUUUAGUACUUGUUGUCAAGACAAUAAGGACGGCGUGGGUCCCAGCUUUGUUUUAAUGAAUUGAAGUUAUGAAAUAAUGAUGUGUUUUAUGUUUGUAAAUGUUUUCAAACAUUUUGAUAAACUUGUUUUAUAAUUGUGUGACUUAAUACAACAUGUUUGUUUCAUAGGGAUGCCCUCAGGCAGAAUAUUUAUGGUUACUGUUUUUUCCGCCAUUUCGAUUUCGUUUAGAUUAUUUGGUCUUGUUUAGAUUUAGUUUCUUUCUGAUUUAUUGGUUUGAUUACUGGUUUCUUUGUUUAAUUUUUUUUAAUUCUUUGUUCUAUGGGCAAUGUGCAAUAUGGUUGACUGGUACUGUGCAAUCCGGGUUUAAUGACUUGAAUAUUGGUGAGUUAUUGGCUCCAUAAACUAGAGGCCCUCUUCUGUCAUUUCGUUGUAUAAUAUCGCUUGCAGUGAAAAUCCACUGGUGCAAUCACACCAGUGUUGGGAUUCUUAAAGUGUGCUGUGCUUGUGUUAUGCAUGAUAUUUUAGCUUUGUUAAAUUGGGUCUGGAGCAGUUAGCUUCUCUCUUUUUAAUCUGUUAUUUGUAUCAAGUCCAGGCCAGUACUUCAUCCUUUGCACAUGAUCCUGUGCUGUUUGAUCAGUCUUUUUAAAUAAUUUGUACGAAUUGAAUAAAUUGUCUAUUUCUUGAAUUAUCAUCCCCCAGUCCCAUUAAUUCUGGAUAUAUGUGGUGAACCCAAUAGGCAUUUAACUGUCACCCUAAACGUUUUGACCACUACAUAUGUAUAAAGCAAUACAAAUGUAAUGUCUGAAGAAGCUGAAAGUUGAAAUAAAGAAUAAAUCCAG